AUGGAAUUAUCGGAAGAGCCCUUGAAUCUCACGCUGAAGAAAAUGCCUAUCGCUAUAGUGACCCCUUUUUCCGUCGUCGAAACCAAUCAGCCAAUCAAAACAAACAACAACGAAAUCACUACCGCUGAUUUAAACAAAUGCGAAGACUUGCCCGAAGAUUUAUCUUUGAAAAAAAUUAACGAAGAAGGUUUGGAUUUAACGAAAAACAACAACCACACCGAACAACUAAGGAAGUAUCUGUGUAAGAACGAAGAAACCAGAAAUUCGUACGAAAAAAACACAUUUAACGACUAUUACAACAAUAAAUUAUCUCAUCGAGACAAUACGCAGACUAUUUUUAACAAUUUAGACAAUAAUAAUUUUAUAUCGAUGUGGUACAUGAAUUCCAUCAUGAACCAACAAAAUCCUUUUUUCAAUUCUCAUCAUCAACAUCAGCAGCAACAGCAGCAGCAGCAGCAGCAGCAUCAUCAGGGUUAUCAAACGAAGCCCAACACUAACCCUAAAUCCAAUAAAAUUUUAAAUAAUCUCUUGGACAAGAAAACUACUUACUCCUCGUACAAAUUUCCUUCUGGGUUUGAUGCUCUGAUAAAAAAUGAAGUGCAAAGUGAUAGUGACGACAAGGAAUCAACUACAGGGUCGCAAGUGGACCACAAGAAUAAUAUAGAUGGAAAGAAUAAUCAAGACAGUAAUGAAAAGAAGAAGCCCCACAUAAAGAAACCCUUAAACGCCUUUAUGCUGUAUAUGAAGGAGAUGAGAGCUAAAGUUGUUGCUGAGUGUACAUUAAAAGAAAGCGCAGCAAUCAAUCAGAUCUUAGGGAGGAGGUGGCACGCUUUGGGUAGGGAGGAGCAGGCCAAAUACUAUGAGCUGGCUCGGCGCGAACGACAGCUGCACAUGCAGCUCUAUCCCGAUUGGUCAUCACGCGCCAACGCCACUCGCGGCAAGAAGAGGAAGCGUAAACAAGACCCCGCCGAUGGAGGUAACAGUAUGAAGAAGUGUCGAGCCAGGUACGGACUAGAUCAACAAAGUCAAUGGUGUAAACCAUGCAGGCGAAAGAAAAAGUGUAUACGAUAUAUGGAGGCAGGAGAUGGAAACGAUGGUAACCAAUCAGAUGACAAUCUAGGUAGCUGCGGAAGCAUGGGCGACGCCCACACGCCACCUGACGAUGACAACGAGAGUCUGAAUCAAUCGAUGUCAAGCCCGGGCGGGUUGUCGGGCCUGAGCAGCCUGACCAGCCCGGGCGGGAUGGUGCUACCGAGUCCUUCCACGAGCGUAGCCAGUCCUUCUGUGAGCGUUGCCAGUCCGUAUAUGCUGCAAAGCCCUUUGACGCCGCACGAGAGCUUCGACGUCAAAGUUCCACUGCCCCCGCCGUCUCACCACCACCAGCCCACGCGAAAUCCCGUCGGGACGAAUCCGCACGACAUAAAUAAUCCGUUGAGUGUCAACCAGUUGACUGGACAGUGUGUCAGAAAUGACAAUUCGGAUACAAACGGUAACAAAGAAACUCGGUCGAUCAUUAGCGUUACGUAGCCUCUAGUUAAUCAAAAUGAAAGAAAACCACCUGUGAUCUUCUUUGAACUGUCGUCGUUUUCGGUGGUUGUUUUCUUGUGUAAUUUUUCCGCAGCACGUUUGAUCUCAAAAAACAGGACCCAAGUGCUGCAAGUCUUUUUUUACUAUGUAACAUAAAUGUCAUUUGCCAAAAUCACCUCUAUAUAUAUUAUAUAGAUAUAUAUUAUAUAUUAUAAAAUUUUCCGAUUUUUAUAUUUUGUAGUUAUUUAUAUGGACUGCUGAUGGAAAGUAUAAAAGAAAUUUGGUUUGAUAUAUAAUAAUGCAAGUGAUUAUGUCGGUAUUACGUGAUUUAGAUUUACAGGUUCUUUUUUGAAGCAUAUUAUAAAUUUUUGGGCGACUUUAAUAAUUAGGGCUCGAUUAUUUUCAGAAAAAUAUAUUUCGUCAUUCUAUUUAUAAACCAAACUAACUCCUUACUACAUACUGUUACAUAUAUGAUACAUAUCAUGUGUACCAUAUUCAUAUUUGCGCAUUAUUAAGUUAAACUACUUUUGCCUAUAGAUUGUCACUAACUUAUCAUUCUGUGUUUAAUAACAAUACCAAGGUCGAAUUUAAGCAGUUACUAUAUAA